AUGACGCUGCUGGAUGCCCACCUGGAGCAAAUCUCACUUUGCGCCACAUCAAUUGCAGAGUUGCCGUAUCGAGCACUAUUCUCCGUCCCGCCACCUCCAGCGCCACCGAAACAUGCAGAACCGUCCGUAUCCACCAACAGGCGCAACACCAUCUUCAACCCCAAUGGAGGCGGCGCCAGCAUCUCAGGGGGAGGCGCGAACGCCGUAAGGGCGCCCAGAAGAAACACGGCAGUCGCAGCUGUGCUCGGAAACGAAUUGGUUGAACGCAUACGCAGAGGAGGUGGAGGAGGCGCGGGUUCAGGCUUAGGCUAUAGAACCUACGACGGCAAUAACAAAAACGAAGUGGACGUCGAGCCUCUACUUGAGGGUGCUGAGAAGCUGCUUGGAGUCUACCCCAUUCCAGGCGCGCAUGACAAGAUUGCAACAAUGCGCCAACGACAUGCUCAAGUCACUGCCUCGAUAGACUACUACGAGAGCCGACUAGCGGAACAGCAAAUUCAGCUCACACGACUGAACCGAUCGCGAGAAACCAUGCACGAUGAUGCCGACGACGCGGAAGAGGAGCCACAGAGCCUAGUGCCCAUGACCGAAGAAGACCUCCGACGAGAAGAGGAAGAGAUGCGACAGUUGGAGCGGAAGAAGAGGGAGCUCGAGGACCGACAAAAAGCGUUACGCACCAACGCCCGCGCCUUCGCCCAACAUGUUCUAUCUACCGCCCCUAACUUGUACGCGCACCUUUCAACACAGACAGAACGCUUCCAGUCUACAUUGCCUGUCUAUCAGGCUGCCACAUCUGCCGGCCUAAUCAAAGGCCAAGUCCCCACCCCGCUCGGCGGAACAUCCUCCGGUCUUGUUGACGCGGCCAUCGUCAUUGAGGAAUUUCACGCCGUGGAGCCGAGUACAGCACUCACCAUCCUAGGCACUGGCUUAGGGUUGACACCGUUAAUUCUAGCGGGAAGCAAAGAGCAACAUGAGAAAUUUUUAACGCCGUUCUUGAAGCAGGAGGGCGAAAGAUUGGCCAGCUUUGUGCACAGUGAGCCUGGUGGAACGGCAAAUUGGCUCGAGAAAGGUGGCAAAGGUUUGACGACUACAGCAUGGCAAGAUGGCGAUCGAUGGGUUUUGGACGGGGAGAAGCUAUGGGCCACCAAUUCCGGCGGCUGGGACAACCGCGGCGCAGACCUGCAAUGCAUCGUGUGCCGCGAGUCCAAACCCAAUGCUCCUCAAGACACCAACUCUGAUCCAACAUCAAGUAUCCUGGUCUUACUUGUUACUCGCGACGACAUCGCCGCAAAUGACUCCUCCGCAUACCAAGUCCUCUCAGACCCCGAACUCAGCGGCCACAAGUCCGCCAAUGGGCCACACUCGCGCUUUACCAAUUUCCGCGUCUCAGCCUCCAACCUCCUUGCCGCACCCGGCCAAGGUGCGCAAAUCGUCGAAAAGACAUUUGGUAUGAGCGCCGCCAUCGUAGGCGCCAUGUGCGUAGGCGUCAUGCGCCACGCAUUCGAAGCUGCGCUCUCUUUUUGCAAGAAUGACGACAGGGGCGGCGCUGUACCGAUUAUCAAGCAUCAAGCAGUAGCAGACCGGCUUAUCGAUGUGAAAUGCAAGAUUGAGGCCGCGCGGGCGUUGACGUGGAAGGCUAUGAGCGUUUUCGAGUCAACCGACGAUUCGAUAAGUUGGGAGCAGAGACUAGAACUAGCGCUUGAGGCGAAGAUUUGGUGCAGUGAUCAGGCACCGAGGGUCGUGCUGCAGUGUAUGGAUGUUGUGGGCAUGAAAUCCUACGCAAAGGAUAUGCCGUUUUCGAAGCUGCUGGAGGAUGCGGCUUGUUUGCCGCUCUUCGAUGGCGGAAAUGUGGGUGUCAGGAGAAGGCAGCUCGAGAAGAUUCUUCAGAGGGAAGACUAUGAGCCCUGGGUUGCUACGUAUCCUUCCUAA